AUGGCUUCGACACAAUCUCUAAACCCGCCGCCAGGCAGCAGCAAUGAGAAGGCACCAGAGUUCACACCAUCGUCCUCAGAAGCACCGCAGGACGCUGUGGACGUUACUCCGGACCGGCCUGCUGAAGAGACAUGGGAGGACAUCCCCGAGGAGAUCAUAUCUUUGAGCAUCCGUACACGAGUUCGGCUCACCGACAAUGACUUGAAGGUGAUGCCCUCGGAGACGUUACGUCUGCAACAAGAGCAGAAUGCCACGAAGGAGAAGAUUCGGGACAAUGGGGAGAAGAUCACGCAGGACAAGGUCUUGCCUUACCUUGUGGCGAAUAUAGUCGAGAUUCUGGACGUGAAUUCUGAAACUGAGGACGGCAGCGCGAACCGAGACCUUGACUCUAUGCGCAAGGGGAGAUUCGCCGUCAUCAAGCCCUCGACACAACAAACCGUCUUCUUCCCGCUCACCGACCUCGUCCCGCCCGAGAAUCUCAGACCCGGCGAUCCCGUUGGCACCAAUAAGGAUUCGUAUCUGAAGCAGAUCGAGGGGCUAAUUGAGGCGAUUGUCCUGCUCGUGGAGCGAGCGGACGGGCUCAAGGCGCCUGGCAUCAAGCCUCCGAAGGGUUCUCUCAUGUAUGGUCCUCCCGGCAGGGUCGAUAAGUGCCGUUUGGGUCUGGACAUCGUCUGGUUCGUCCCUCUCGACCGGAUUGAGUUCGUCAUGAAGGCCACCAUUUUCAAGAGUUUUUGCAACCGCCACAACGCCGCAAUGGCGCAGGCUUCCAUCUCCCCGCCCACUCGGGUGCCCCCAUGGCCCGCACCCAGUCCCGCGCGGCCUCCGGCCGGCUUCGGCACAAACGUCUCGAUGAAGCCGGAGGUGCUUCCCACCUCCCAUGUGGCACACGAGGAAGAGUCGUUUGGCAACCAUCUUCGUGUUCGGAUUCCGCAAAUCGUCCUCGCCGCGAUGACGCACCGGAAGCUGUAUGGCAUCGACUCUGCGGACGGCGCGGUGAACGGUGGGCGAUGGAGAUGCGCCGCAGGUCGUUGUCUUGUGGGCAUGACCCUCUUCCAUGUGGACGCGCUGGCGGGCGAACAUGCAAGAGGCGUGCUGGUAUCUGCUGAUGGAUUCGACAUCAUUGCCUGGCCCGUCAUUGAAGUGUACUUGCUCCGCAGCGGCUCCCAAGAACCCGUCGUCAUGCUAGAUGAGCGCACGUCUAUCUUCGAAACGGAAGAAAUCAAGGAAGCCUCUGUCAACUCGUCCCAUCCAUCUUCUCCCUUCGUCGACUCCACCGACAAGCAUAUAACCAACAUCACCUGGACGUUUGGCUUCGCUCCCGGCGAAGACAACCUCUCCAUAGGCACAUUGCAUCCCUCGGCAAGGUUCCAGGUUCAGCUUGUCUUGACUGUGGCCGGGCUAGCACUCGCCAUCGUCAUCACGAAAUUCAUGGUGAGGAAGGAGCGACUGCGUGAGCGGUGGUAUGACUAG